AAACAUCGGGCAGGGGAAGGAAAACAAAUAUGGCGUCCGUUUCAAAAGUAAGUGCAGCAACAAAACCGUUACUUUCUCAGUCCUCUGCUGAAGCGAGACGAAGAGUUUUAAAUCUAUAUCGUGCCUGGUAUAGAGAGGUAAUUGAAAGUGGUUUUAAAUGUGUUUUUGUAAAGCUUGUGUACUGCUUAUUUUCAAAUAUAGAGUGAGCAAAAAUAUUGAAUGAUAUUGAAUAUAUUUGUAUAUUGCCCAGUUCUCGGACGCAGUAUGUCGUGUCUGUACAAAAUUAAUACAGUCUAGUGUCGUGUACUAAUUUUGUAUAUGAAAUAAAUGUAGACAAAUGUAUUUCCUAGUAUGUUAAAGCAAAUCGUAAUCUGCAAAAUACGAGAUUAUCAGCGUAGGAUUGGGAUUAAGGUUAGAAUUGGGAUUAAGAUUGCAAGAAUUCAAUUAUUCAGGGCAGUUUAAAUGAUACUAAAUCUCUGUUGCAAUACUAAUAUGUAAAUGACCAUAUUCUAGGUUCCCAGGGCUGUGAAUGCCUACGCACUGGACAUCACGGUACGACAAGGACGAGAGAAAGUCAAAGAAGAAUUUCGAAAAAAUGCUCAUUUCAGGGACAUCAAAUCUAUAGAUAUGAUGGUGAUUAAGGUAUGAAAUAUUCUGUGUUUUAAAAUAUUUACAAAACAAAAAUAUUGCUGGAAAGAAAAAUGUUCAGAUAAACAUGUUCCUGGCCAAUGUGCUUCUGAGAGGUAUUCACCCCCCCCCCCUGAAUGUCUGCCAUUUUUAAUAUUUUCAGGGGGUGAAUGCCUCUCAUAAGUGCACUGGCUACCUUCAAUAUAGAAAUAGCACCUUUCACCAUUUUUAUAUUUUUACUUCAAGGGACGUUUGGAGCUUGAGGAAACUCACAAAAUAUGGAAACAAAGAACGCAUGUGAUGAGAUAUUUCAAAGAAACUUAUCCUGAGAGAAAAACAGACUUUUUAUCAAGAUUCUAUGAUGGUUAUGACUAAAUAUCACAUUGAAUACUUGCUUUUGUGCACUGAUUUUUAUCAGUGGUUGUCAAUUGUGUAAUAUUGCUUUAAAGAAAAAAAUAUUUUGAAAGAAUAUUUGUAUUUGUUUUUACAUUGUAUUUUACCAAUGAUCAUUUACAAUGUUCAUUCAACACUAUUUUCCAUGGUUCUUAUAUUCUGUCAUUGGUGUUUUGCAUGUAAUUCUGGUAUUUACAGAACGGUUUGGAUUGUUGUGAUCACCAAUGAAUGAGUGAUGUCUAUCCUGCCUCCAUGACAAAACUGAAAUUCUGCUUGAAAAUCUCUUCCAACCUGACUUUUGAUGUUGUCUGUGUCAUGUUUCAGAUACCUGUUAUGCAUAAACAUCAUUCCUACUGAAAAGCUUUAGUCCUACUGUAAACCCAGUAAAGCUUUAGCAUCUUGACUUUGUUGCAUCAGAGUUUCACUUGCAUACUUUUCAAGAAGCUCCUAUGAAAACAAAUUAAUUUCUUGUUACUGCCAUACCUCGUUGUUUUGUAAAAUUUUUACAUUAUUUGUGAUUAAAAAUUACAAAGUGCCCCUUACCAUUUUCUUACGCUGAACCAGCAGAGCUUCCACCUGUAUGAGGUAAGAGGUUAAGUUUUAAUUGCUAUUUUAAUUCAAUCUUGGAGGGGGAGUUCAUUCAUGGUUCGUGGGUAACUCACCUCUUCUUGUGAGGGUACAGGGACAUGUGAGACAAAGUUGACCUCAUCUUGUUCCUCAUUGUCUUCAUCGCUAUC